AGGUGGUGGUGGCGAGAGCGGCAGCUGCUUACCGCAAGCAGCCGCUCCGGAUGGGGGCGUGGGGCUGGAGCAGUUGCUGCCCUCGCCGCUGAGGGGCGCACUGCUGCUGCAGGAGCAGCAGCAGCAGGAGCUACACGCACCCUUGCAGGAGCUCGCACUUUUGGCCGCACCACCACAGCAGCAGGACCUGCAGCUGCCCGGGCUCGAUGCUGGCUCGGCGGGAAGCGGUGGCAUGCAGCCCGAGGCGGGUCCAUGGCUGCUGCCCAUGGCGCCCUCGCCGCCGCCCGGGCUGCUGCAGCCCCCUGCUUCCAGUGUUGCUGCCGGACCCGCAGUGGGCCUCCUUCCGCCUCCACCCGAUGCUGCCGCCGCUGCAGCACCGCCCCAGCAGCCUUCCCUGCUUGCGCCUGCUGCAUGCCCCACUGCUGCUGCAGGCGCAGCACCCAUGGAGGUUGAUGUGGAUGGGGGCGCACCGGCAGGGGGUGAGAUCGCGGCUCCGGCGGCACCGCUCCCAGCGGCAGCCGCUGCGGCCCCAGCAGCAGCCACGUCGUGUGCAUCACAUGCGCACCCCGCCCCGCAAGGCUACGGCGACUCGUCAGCCGCUCAGCAGCUGCCUCUGCUGCUCCUCCCUGCCGGCACCCAUUCGGAGCCGCCCGGGCUCCCACCCCACCUGGGAUCCGAAGCCCCGACUCCGCCGCUGGUUCCGGAGCAGCAGCAGCCCCUGCAGCAUGCUGGCGCCCCCGCCACUUCCGCACCCACCACUGCUGCUGCUGCGCCUCCUACCUGCUCGCUCCCUCUUCCUCCCGGCCCUUGCGGACCCACAGCAGCCGCAGCGGGUUUGCCCCCGGGCGCCGGAGGCUGGCCGACAAGCACACAGUCCGCAGCAGCGGCAGCAACGGCGGCUACGGCUCCAGCAGCGGCGCUACCUCUCCCUGUCGAUGCUGCCGCCGUUAUCGCUGCGCCGCUGCCCCUCCCCGCCACCCUCAUUCCAGGCGCCAACCCGCCGCCGCGGCCGCCUCCGAUGCUGCCGCCUGCGCUGCCCCCUCCCGGCCCCGACGUGCCGCUGGCUGCUCGGGCGGGUGCAGUCUUCGCGUUGUACUGCCUGUACGGCACGCAGCUGUGCCGGCCGCGUGUGCGGGUGUACGUGCCGCUGCCGCUGCUGGCCUCGCUGGCGGGGACGGUGACGGAGGCGGCGGCGGGCGGCUGCGGGGACGUGGUGGCGGUGGUGAGGGAGCUCUGGCGCCAGGCCGCCCUAGUGCCCGGCGGCGUGGCUCGCUUCCCCGGCGCCACCACCCCUCGCCCCCGCAGCCACAUCCACGCAGCCAUGGCCGCCAUGCGCGCAGCAGCAGCAGCCGGCAGGGCAGCCGCUGCGGGCGCCCUCGCUCCCGCCCCCGGCUCCGACACCCAUGCGGCGGGUGGUGCUGCUGCGGGCCCCCUGCGCGCCCCCCUGCCCUCCCCCUCUCUCCCCCUGGGCCCCGCCCCCGCCUUCAACCCCCUGCUGGUGUCCAACCCCACGCUGCGGGCGGCGCUGCUGCACCUGCGCACCGCACUGCCCGGGCUGGCGGACCUGGCGGCGCUGCAGCGGACCAGCGAGCUGUACGGCAAACAGCGGGCUGCCGUAUUCGCACCCACCACCACCGACACCACCAACACCAGGUCUGCUGCAGGUGCGGCUGCGGGUAGCGGUGCUGCGCCAGCCAAGGACGAGGGCACCGAUGUGGGGAGCGGUGGAGGCGGUGUGAACGCGCCGGCAGCAGCUGGGGUGGGUGGCGGUGCGGUUCCCGAGGUGUUGUUCGACGCCGGUGUGGGCGGGGAG